AUGUCUGCUGAAGAAUAUAAAGCUGAGGGUAACAAGCUCUUUGCAGCCAAGGAGUUUGACAAGGCCAUUGAGCAGUUUACUAAAGCCAUCGAAACUUCUGAUGUGCCUAACCACGUCUUGUACUCCAACAGGUCUGCUUGCUACGCUUCAUUGAAGAACUUCACUAAGGCAUUGGAAGACGCAGAAAAGUGCGUGGAGAUUAACCCUACUUGGGCCAAAGGUUACAACCGUGUUGGCGCUGCCCAGUACGGAAUAGGCAACUUGGAAGAUGCAAAGAAAUCUUACUCCAAGGCUUUGGAGUUGGACUCACUGAACGCCAUGGCCAAGAGCGGUUUGCAAGCCGUUGAGGAUGCAGAGAACUCCCAGAGCCCCGACAUGGGUUUGGGUAAGAUUUUCUCCGACCCCAACUUGAUGAACAAGUUGAAGAGCAACCCUAAGACGGCCGAAAUGAUGAACGACCCAGCUUUGGUCGCCAAAGUAUUGCAAUUGCAACAAAAUCCUAAAGCAGGCAUGCAGACCAUGCUCUCUGACCCACGCAUGAUGACGAUUAUGGGUGUGUUGAUGGGCAUUGAUUUGGACAUGUUCCAGGGAAAAGAUGCUCCUGGUAAGCCUGAGGAGAGUUCUUCAGCCUCAAAAUCCGAGACUGCGAAGGAGGAGCCCAAGCAGGAAUUCAAGGAGGAGUCGCUGUCAAAGCCCUCUUCUAGCUCCGAGUCUAAUCCCGCCCCACUGAGCUCUGAGUCCAAGUCUGAGGCUACGGAGGAUGUCGAGAUGGAGGACUCAAGUAAGGUAGAAGCUGAUGCUGCCAAGGCUGAAGGUAAUGCCUUGUACAAGCAGAGGAAGUUUGACGAGGCUAUUGCAAAGUACGACCAUGCAUGGGAGCUUUACCAGGAUAUCACAUACCUAAACAACAGAGCUGCCGCUGAAUUUGAAAAAGGUGACUACGAUGCUGCCAUUAAGACUUGCGAAAAGGCAAUUGAUGAAGGCAGAAGCAUGAGAGCUGACUACAAGAUCAUAGCUAAGUCGUUUGCCAGAAUUGGUAAUUGUUACUUGAAGAAAGACGACUUGGAGAACGCUGCCAAGUUCUUUGACAAGUCUUUGACCGAGCAUAGAACUCCAGACGUUUUGAGCAAGUUAAGAAAUACACAAAAAGAGAUCAAGGUCAGAGAGGCCAAGAGUUACAUCAACCCCGAAAAGGCCGAGGAGGCGAGAUUGGAGGGUAAAGAAUAUUUCACAAAGGGUGACUGGCCCAACGCCGUUAAGGCUUACACUGAGAUGGUGAAAAGAGCUCCCGAAGAUGCCAGAGGGUACUCCAACAGAGCUGCUGCGUUGGCCAAGUUGAUGUCAUUUCCUGAUGCUGUCGAAGACUGUAACAAAGCCAUUGAAUUGGAUCCUACAUUCAUCAGAGCGUAUAUCAGGAAAGCCAAUGCGCAGUUGGCUAUGAAGGAAUACUCUCAAGUAAUCAACACAUUAAAUGACGCUCUUGCAAAGGAUCAAGAGUUGAACGGUGGAAAGAACGCCAACGAAAUCAACCAGUUGAUGCACAGAGCAAUGUCGCAGCGUUUUGCAGCAAUCGAGGGCGAAACUCCGGAACAAACGAUGGAGAGAGUGUCUAAGGACCCAGAAAUAGUUGAAAUUUUGCAAGACCCUGUCAUGCAGGGUAUAUUGGGUCAAGCCAGAGAUAAUCCAGCGGCAUUGCAAGAGCACAUGAAGAACCCAGAGGUGGCAAAGAAAGUCAACAUGUUGAUUGCUGCUGGCGUAAUUCGUACUCGUUAG